UGCUGUUUGUUCUAACAAUGGAAUAUCUUACUAGACUUCUGAACCAAGCUUCUCAUCACAAAGAGUUUAGAUAUCAUCCCUUGUGUAAGAAUUUGCAACUAGUGAAUUUGUGCUUUGCGGAUGAUUUGAUUCUGUUUUGUAAGGGGAAUUUGAAAUCUGUUCAGAUUUUAUUUGAGGGUUUUUUGAAGUUCUGUCGCUGUUCUGGUUUGGAAGCUAAUUUGAGUAAAUCUCAAGUGUUUUUUGGGGGCGUGGCAGCUGAGGUUAGAACUGAAAUUCUGAGAUCAGUAGCGCUUGGUGAGGGUAGUUUUCCUCUGAAAUAUCUGGGGGUAUCGUUGAGGCCUAAGAGAUGGUUGAUUGCUGAUUAUGGUGAAAUAAUUAAGAAAAUUAAGAACAGACUCCAUGUUUGGGCUAGUAGACAUCUAUCUUUUGCGGGGAGAACCCAGUUGAUUUUCUCAGUGUUGCAGGGCAUUCGUAACUAUUGGAUGAAUAUUUUUUUGCUUCCCAUUAGUGCGGUUCAUGAAAUAGACAGGCUUUAUCGUAACUUUCUUUGGGGAGAAAAGAAUAAUCGAAGCAAAUUUCACUGUUCCUCUUGGUCCCAGGUCUGUCUACCAAAAGUCUUGGGAGGUCUGGGCUUCAAGGAGGGAUCUAUUUGGAAUAAAGUCCUUAUGGCUAAAUACCUUUGGGCUUUAUCUUCAAAGCAAGAUGUCUUAUGGGUGAAAUGGAUUGAUGGGGUCUAUUUAAAAGGUACUUCUAUCUGGGCUUACCAUCUGAAAUCAGAUGUAAGUUGGUAUUGGCGCAAGGUAUGUUAUUUGCGAGAGAUAUUUUCUGUCAAUGCUUUGGAGAGUUCGGCUACUCAUGGUAAGCUGAACCUGAAAUUGUUAUAUAAUAAUUUGCUUCAAAAGGAUCCGGUGGGGUAUGCAAAGGCAGUGUGGAGUAGUAGUUCUGUGCCUAGACAUCGUUUUAUUCUUUGGCAAUCUAUACUUGGGCAUCUUCUGACUAGAGAUAAUCUGGUCCGGUGCCAAAUUGAGGUUAACUCAAUGACUUGUCCGGUUUGUGAAAGAGGUGAGGAAACACACAAACACUUAUUUUUUUACUGUGUCUUUUCACAUAGAAUUUGGGAGUUGAUUAAAAGCUGGAUUGGACCUGAGAUAUGGCCGAAUCAGUGGGAUAACUAGAAGCAUUGGCUAGAUGGGAAGCCUAAAACCAUGAUGCAUCGCAUAUAGCUUGUCUGGCAGCCUCUGUGUAUCACAUCUGGUGUAAUAGGAAUAUGUGUUACUUUUCUCAGGCCUCCUACACGCCCCAUAGUCUAGUUAAGAUAAUCAAGAGGACUCUUAAGAUUAGAUUGCAAGGUAGGCUUAGUCAUAAAUAAUUGAGUAAGAAUUGUAAGCUCUAUGAUUUUGUUCAGAUGUUGUAAGUUGCUGUGAG